AUGUCAGACUACAUUUGGUUUGAGAGAAUACCUUUCCCUGCUAUAGACUAUCAAAAAGAAAUAAUUGGAGAAAUUCGUGACAAGUUUGUGAUCAGAGAUGAAGACACUAUCAUACUGACUUACCCCAAAUCAGGAACUAACUGGCUGAUUGAGACUGUCUGCUUGAUUCAGAACAAGGGGAAUCCAGAGUGGGUGCAAUCUGUGCCAAUCUGGGAUCGCUCACCCUGGAUAGAAACCAAAUCAGGGUAUCAAAACCUAACCAAUAAGGAAGGACCACAUCUGAUGAGCUCACACCUCCCCUUCCAUCUUUUCCCCAGGUCUUUCUUCCGUUCCAAGGCCAAGGUGAUAUAUGUCAUCAGAAAUCCCAGAGAUGUUCUUGUGUCUGGUUACUUUUUCUGGUGUAAUACCAACCUUGUCAAGAAUACAGACUCACUGACAACUUAUUUUGAAUGGUUCCUCAAAGGAAACGAUUCUCCAGCGGUCAGUCCAGGGUCACUGUGCUCCUACUUGUUUGGUUCAGCUGUUUGUGUUGGUUUCCCAAUCAAGACACACUACACUCCUCUGCAGUGCACCCCACCAGCACAGCGACCCGUUUUCUUGUUCUCUGUUCCUUUGCCCUGA